AUGGCCAGUGCAAAGAAGAAAGUCUUCGUUGGCUCGACCUACGAGUUCACCCAGUUGGGCUCUGAUGAGAUUAUCCGCAAUCUCAUGCAAUCCUACCUGGAUCCCGAAAAUGCUCCGUUCAUCACGUUUGGAGCCGACACGCAGGCCAACGACGAUAGAACACUUCCGACAAUCUUGCACCAGGUGUCCAACUACGUAACAGCCCAUGAGUCUCGAGGCUUGGCAUUUGACGAGGACGAACGCGUGAAACCGAUGGAAGGCACUGUUACAGAUGACCACAUUCGAGACACCAAGUCGCUUGAUGGUCCGCUGGGGGAUUGGAUGCCAGACGUCGAUUCAGACGGCCAGGACGCGCUCGAGAGCCUGCAACAUCUUACGGCCUUUUGGACACCGCACAAAGAAGACAUAAAGAUACUGCCUCCUCUGUAUGCGCAACAGAUCUCGAAGUUGACCCGCACCUCUAUUUAUUUUGAAGAGGCGGAAAAACGAUGCCGCUUGUUCCAAGGGAAAUUCCAGACAGCUCUUGAGAAGCUCAAAAGACUUGAGCCACUGCUGGAAAUCAUCAAGAGCCAGCAGGUGGAUCGACCCCUCCUGACCACAACAGAUCUUCUCCUCUGGAAUCCGACCCACAAUGAUGCUCGAAUUGAAUACGUGAACAUACAACCUAGUCAUCCCUCCUACAACCGAAUCAUAGUCAAUAAAGGCGAACGAGAUCUGGCUAAGAAGGUGAUUGGGGAGUUGCGGACCUACGACUUGGAUAUAAGCACCUUUCAAGCACCGGAGAAGUUUUCUGCAGGCCAAGCUAAAAAUGAUACUAAGCUGCAGGCUUCAAAGCUAUGGGAUGACUUCGUUUUUCCGAGCUUUGGUGAUGCAAAAAAUCUCGAGCCUCUGAUCUCUUCCAAACCUGCUUCCAAAUCAGGAAGCAACCAAAAGGACUUGAACAGAGACUCAAAAGAUGAGAGAAUCGCCAUGUGGACUAGCAAGAUUGUCAGUGGUGCAGAUCCAGAGAUUGCUCCUGAAGUUCCACUCGAACCUACACAGCCUCUAGGUCGCCGGAGGCUUCUUGUCGCGGAUUCGGAUGAUGAGGAAGAUGAUGAGCCCUUCACGAAGCCGUCCACGAUCGGACAAACCGUCAAGAAAGAGAUUCUGCAUAAGACAGAAUCCUUGCUGCAGACCUCUUUCACCCCUCCUCCAACCAUGCAACCAGAAUCUUUCGACACCCUCCUCAUAGGACUUGAUGAUGAUGAAGCAGAUCAAGACCUCUUGCAAGAUAGAGAGACUUCUGUAGCGUCAGGCAGCCCAGAACCAGAAGUCAACGCAUCUCCAGUUCUGUCUGUAACCUCGAAGCCGGUGCAGGACGAGGACAGCCAUACCAAGCACGCUUUUUUCACACAACCCAGCUUCAAGUAUGAGGCAUUCAAGGCAGAACUUCCCGGGAAACACGUCCUCGUCGAUGAAAAACUUCCCCAUAAACCAUCGAUGGAGUCUAGUUGCAACGAUAUUUCUCAACCAUUCGAAUCUGUGAGCGGUGUAUUUCCAUCACCAUCCGUUCCCGUUGCCUCAACAGAUAGUGCAGUUGCUGCAAUGCAGCAACGUAACAUGACGGCUCAUAGCAUACCUUUGCCGUUGGAACUCCCUUCAACGCCAGAGUUUCCGGUCAUCUCGGACCCACCACGACUAAAGUUCGAUAGCAAUGCCUAUGGACAUUCUCAUAGCCAUGCAAAUGACCAACGAGGGCCCAAAGCUCUUGGUAGUGAGCGAGGUAAUCGUUUCCGUGGCGGGUCUACACGUGCCAAUGCCUUCCGUGGUAGAGGUAGCGACCGAAGAGGUGUGGCGUCGAACAGCAAUGACAACGACAACGCCCAAGCCAGGAUACCUUCUUUCGAAGGAAGUUAUCGGCGUGGUCGCGCUAACCGUACUGGUGGUGGACGGCCCAAUGGCUCUGCCAUAACGCAUGGAGCUGGCCAGAAUCGCCUGAGAGGGGGAGGGAGAGAUCGAGGCCGGGGUCAGGGGAACCUGGUGGAAAUCACUUCAACCACUUCUACCACGGGCCAUCGUCAUGGCCGCCCUGGAAUCGAGUCCUACAUGCCUCUAGAGCGUGCAACUUCAAAUUGGAAUCAGAACGGGACACCAAAUAUCAUGGAUGAUCCACUAGAGUCUGCCGAUAAACUCCAUGACCCGAGUGAAACACAAUCAUUCGGCAGCCGCGCAACUUCAAAGACAGGGAUUCGUUUCAGUGAAGCGGGUUCUGAGUAUCGAGCGACUUCAAUCCCUUUGCCUAACACGACCGAAAUAAGGCAGAACAGCAUCGCGCUUGCUUUGGCAGCAAUUGAAGCCAACAGGAAGCAGAGAGAACUUUCAGCCAGGCAAGGUCCGGCAAAUCAGAAAGAAGUUGAGGAGAAGCAACCCCCAAGACACUCUACGAUGCGACAGCGUGGUAGAAAUCCUGGCAGAAAACCAGCGCAACGAGAAAGCAAGGCUGAAAAACAGGCGCGACUCGACAAAGCGUUGUUGGAAGCAUAUGGCCCUGCACCUAUCAAUCGAGUCCCGAAGCCGCCACCGUCUGAAAAGCCAGGUGACAUGAGCAUAUGGAAACGUCAGCAAAUUUCCCGAGAGAAAGACUCUGUGCUAGCUCAAGCACAUCCCGAUAUUGUUGGAGCAAGAGCCCUAGAUGAGCAAUGUGCUAAGCUCAUUGGGCUGCUCCAAUCCUCGUUUGAAGCUGCUAGAGCAUUCAAUGGCCACUUGAACUUUGAUAUUGGCUUUGGCCAAGUCAUUGCAACGGCAGGACCACAUAUCCACGAUAAUAGAUUUUACGACAUAUCUGGCUGGAACACGCUCUUUGACCCGCCGAAUGGCCUUCCUCUGUCAUCUGCAACCUUUACCAAAAUCCUCACCACAAAUGGUGAAGACAUCGACGGAGUACUUCGCUUCAGAAACCCAAAUAAGAACAGCCCAAACAGACUCUGGAGUCCAGAACCAGGGCCUACUUCUGUAACAUAUGAAUUUUCAUGUCAGAACAGACUCAAUGAGGACUUCCUGAUUGUCGUGGACCAGGCUGGGAAGCACGAGCUCAGGAAAGGCCAAAUAAAUGUCGGUACAGUCAACAUGCACGUUCCCGAAUCAAUCUGGGACUGUGCAGCCACCCUCUCUGGCCAUCUGAAUUGGCCCGAUCCACCUGAAACACUCAGUAAUAGUGUCACCUCUUUUGUGCAGUCUCUGUACGUGCCUCCGAACAAACAGAAACUGACCAUUGUCUUCCGCCAGCCAACAGAUCACGAGAUCAACAUUCGAAAUUUGAUCGUCCGCCGGGUUAGCUACCAUGACUGCAACUUGGAGGGCUGUGAAGAUGUUCAGCUUAACGUCGUCGAGUCUAAGAGUCUCCUCUUUAAGCACCAUCCGGAAGACAGAAACCUUUGGCAGGGUUACGAGGCGGCACGUGAGGAGUAUGAGACGGUUGCAAACGAGGGCCGGAUCCACUACGAGCUUUCGAUCGUACAUAAAAAGGUCACGGCUGCGCUCAAGGGCAAUGAGACUCUCGAGAUUGGUGAACGCACUCCACCAGAAACCACCGGCAAGAGCAUUCUCAAGAAGUCUGUCAUCAGAGCCAUGCUUGAGGUUGCAGCGUACAUGGUCGGCAAGAUGGAUUUUGUCGGCUAUCGCAAUGUUGGAACGCUAAUGCAGCUGGACACUCAGGACGCGCAGCGUGAGCAAGAUAUCGUUGCAACAAUGGGUCCCGCAGGCCCGAGUAUCGUUGGGCUAGGGCACCGUGGCGCCCAAUCGACCAGAACAGCAGUCGUGCCCACGACGCUGCGAGGCCACACACACGGCGGGAGGGGCUCUGCGGUAUCACCGGCACACACUGGAGCUGGCAGUCGAGUCUGGGAAGAGCCAGUGUACGGCAUUCGGGCAAACGAAGUCGCACAAGUGUUUAUCAGACCUGAUGGCUCCAAGUACCGUCUCGGCAUGGGCGGCGCAGAGGUCCCAGUUGUCGAGGAUGCUGAGGAAGAGUUCGGCACCUCUACGGUCGUGCCGGACGACAGCGCCAGUCGUGCCGAUACUCGUCGUCCGGGGCUCGGUGGAGGUCCGUCGGUCGGAACGAGACUUGUGGCGAUAAGGGAGAGAGGGUUUUGGUGA